AGAGAGAGAAAGCAGACGAGCAUCGCGCACCUGGCUUCCAGUCUUUUAGAGCGCGUGCGCCCUUGGGCGCUGGGGGUGGCCUACUGCGGAACUCGGGAGUCUCCGGCGGGCUGCGGUGAGGAAGGAGGCGAAAGAGGAGGGGGAGGAGACUCGGCUGGAAGGGGGCGGCGCUACUGAGGGAAAGAAUGCGCGCUUUGCUUUGCGCCUUUGGCUUGUGCGAGCAGCUGCGGCGAAGCAGCCAACUUGUAUCCGCGCCGCGGAUCUGAGGCGCGCUGGGGCUGGAGGUGGCCGCCUGGCAGGCAAGCAAACCAGCACGCUUCUCCUUGCAGUUUUUCUCUCGCCGCUUGGCCAGAGGCUGCUAAAAGCUGCGGACUAUAAAUAGCAGAAGCUACGGAGUCAUUGCGUGCCACAAACCGGGAAGGAACGAACGAACGAACGCAGGCGAGUUGCCGCCGCCUCGCCUUGACGGGGAGGCAACCAGGAAUUUCACACCUUGCUAGCUGUUUAUGUAAGCCAUGGAGGUUCAAGACGCAGUUGUCAGAGUUUCAAGGCUUCAGCAUUUCCUAUGUUUGAGCCAAGAGAGAGAUGGUGUCAUCUGAAAGGAAAUCUGCUGUUUCUAAUGAAAAAUAAGACAAAGUGUUGUGAACCUGCUGAAUUAGUAGUCCUGGAGCGGUGCUGUGUUGUAGAAUUCAGGAAUAAAGCAGAUGUUUCAGUAGUGCUCAAGUUUCAGAGUGGAGAACCAAAUCUUUACCUUGAAGCUGCGUCGAGAUCUGGCUGUGAAUCUUGGGCUGUGGCACUCGGAGAGGCAAAUUCUGAAGGUCUGCGAGGUAAAAUCCAGCAACUCCAGAGACUGAUCAUGGAAAUCAAGGAAGACAGAACAGCAGAUGAAGUACAGCAAUUUAUUCCAUCCACACAGACAGAUAAUCUUGCAGAGUCUAAAUUUACAAAUCUUAAGAGGACUGUCAGUGAACCAAAACUUGAAUUCAGUCUUGAGAUUUUCCCCCUUUCCCUCCCCUUCCCUCCUGUGCCAUUUUCAGCAUGUAAAGAUCUGGUAGCUCCAACCCGUGAUCGAAAACUGAAUACAUUUGUGCAGAUCACAGUGGUGCAUCCUGGGGAACAGUCUUCAACGAGAUAUUCAAGCACGGAGAUUGUGGAGGGAACAAGAGACCCACUGUUUCUGACUGGUGUGACGUUCCCACCGGAUUACCCUAUCUAUGAGGAGACUAAAAUAAAACUAACGGUCUAUGAUGUCAAGGAUAAAUCUCAAGACACGGUCCGCACCAGCAUUCUGGCAGAACAGAAAGAGCCAAGGACAGAUAUUGGGCGAAGCUUUCUGGGCUCUGCUACAUUUAAAGUAGGCGAUUUGGUGAAAUCAAAGGAGCAACCACUGACACUGAGCCUGAGGAGCUCGGAUGGUGGAAAAACUUUUGGCACUAUAGAUGUCAGCCUUGUGAAGAUGGGGGAGACAGAGAAUGGGGAGGCAGAUCAUAUCACAACAGAUGUGCCUGAACAAAAGUGUGCCUUGGUUUAUGAGUGUACAUAUCCAGAAAACACCAGUAGUAGAGACAAUUUACCUUUAUUAUAUGCAGUGUUAAAAAAUCCAAUCUGUAAAUUAUAUAGAUUCCCCACUUCUGACAACAAGUGGAUGUGUGUACGAGAACAGAUGUCUGAGAGCACUCUUUCUUUUCAUAUUCCCAAGGAACUCAUCAGCCUGCACAUAAAGGAGGAUAUGAGAAGGAAUCAGGAUCUUAAUGAACUUGGGGAGCUUGCUCCACAUUGGGACAAUAUGCGCAAAAGUGUUAUUGCACACUGUGAUCAAAUGUUAGCCCUCUACCAAAAUAUGCUUGCAGAACUUGGGAAGUAUACAGGCUCUUCCUUCAAAUCAAGCUGCAGUAAAGGGGAAAAGACCUUAGAAUUUGUUCCAAUCAAUCUACAUCUUCAGAGAAUGUAUGUGCACAGUCCUCGGUUAAAAGAUGUUCUCUAUGAUGUCAUCACAGUAGGAGCCCCUGCAGCACAUUUUCAGGGAUUUAAAAAUGGUGGUCUUCAGAAACUACUAAAUAAAUUUGAGGCAGAAAGGCGAAAUACUGGGUACCAAUGUAUUUACUAUUCACCUGAAAACACAGCCAAGGCAAAAGAAAUUCUUAGUAACAUCAAUCAUCUGCAGCCUCUCAUAUCAAGCCAAGCAGACCUGCUGCUUAAUUCUGCAAGACAGCAUUUGCCAGACAGCUUGAAGAAUUCCUUAAAGAUGCUUUCAGAAACGACAGAGUUAUUUGUACAUGCAUUUAAGGAUCAGCUGAUCAGAAGUGCCCUUCUAGCUCUAUACACAGCCCGUCCAGGUUGUGUCCUAAAAAAACCAACCAACAGUGCGGAAGAGAGUGGUGAUCAGUCAAAUCAGGAGCAUCCAUCCCAAAUCAAGAGGCAGGAUUCUAUACCUCACCAUUCGGAAUAUGAUGAGGAAGAGUGGGACAGGGUGUGGGCCAAUGUGGGAAAGAGUUUAAACUGCAUUAUUGCAAUGGUGGAUAGACUGCUUGAAAAAGGCAACGCCCCCUGUAUCAUUAAAGAAAAUGAAAAUGACUCUUCACCAACAGAACAUGUGGAAUCUCAUAUAAGUGGUGACUGGUAUGAACAGCUUUAUCCACUCAUAGUUACACUGAAGGACUGUAUUGGAGAGGUGGUGAUUAGGGCAAAGCAAUCAAUGUCUUUUGUUCUGCUUCAGGAGCUUGCGUGUAGCUUGCCACAAUGCUUGAUGCUGACCCUAAGAAGAGAUAUUGUCUUCAGUCAAGCACUUGCUGGAUUGGUCUGUGGUUUUAUAAUCAAAUUAUACUCCAGUUUUCAUGAUCAAGGCUUCCUACAGCAGCUUCAUACAGUGGGGUUAAUUGUUCAGUAUGAAGGACUUCUCAGUACAUAUAGUGAGGAAAUCGGAAUGCUAGAAGACAUGGCUGUGGGAAUAUCAGAUUUACAAAAAGUCAUGUUUAAAAUAACUGAAGCCAAAUCAGAUGACCUCUUGCCUAUUAUAACUGGAAGACGGGGAUAUUAUAUAAUAGAAAUCAGGCUUCCACAAAAAAUGUUUGAGCUGCUGCCACAAGAGAUAAAAGAAGGGAAACUGCUCCAUGUAUAUCCAGUGCUCUUUAAUAUUGGAAUCAAUGAACAACAAACACUUGCAGAAAGGUUUGGAGAUACCUCUUUGCAAGAAAGUGUUAACCAGGAGAAUUUGGAGCUGCUAAAAGAAUAUUACAGGUUGUUCACAGAAAAAAUGCCUUCUGAUUGCCUACCACAUUUUCAAGAACAGAAUGACUUAAAAGGAUUACUAGAAAAUCUCCAUCAAAAUAUUCAGGCUAAAAAAAGAAAGAAUGUAGAAAUCAUGUGGCUUGCUGCAACGAUUUGUCGCAAGCUAAAUGGAAUCCGGUUCACCUGUUGUAAAAGUGCCAAAGAUAGGACAUCAAUGUCAGUGACCCUGGAGCAAUGUUCAAUUUUAAGAGAUGAACACCAGCUGCACAAAGACUUUUUUAUCAGAGCACUGGAUUGUAUGAGGAGCAGACAAACCCAGGGAGCACUGAAUGAGUCGGAUGAUCCCGAGACAGGCUGUCUAACUGAUAACAAGCCAACUUCUCGUCACUUCUAUCCUGUCGCCUUGCUGCUUGUCAGCUCGCAUUUGCUGGUUGUGUGGCUCAUUUUAAGUCUUGCUUUAUUAUUAGCCAAAUAUCAGUAAAGUUCACUUCUGUCCAUUUUUUUCUAUGAACAGCAACAGCUUAAGAUUAAAAAUUGUGCUGUAUUAUUUCUACAUUUUCAGACCCAUAAGUUUGUCCUUAAGAAGCCAAUGUCUUGAACUGUAAAAGAUUUCCUUUCUAUUUCCAGAAAUCUGCUUUCUGUUCCUAUCAAAUCUUGUUGCUCAUUUAGAAUGGUCAUUUUAUUAGUGUUUCUUCAUCAGAUGUGAUUUCAUCAUGAAAUUUGAAGCCCCUCCCACCGCUUUUUAUAAAACUUGUAUUUAGGGCCAAUCCAUACCCUUAUAGAUUUUACUGCCUCAUUUUUACUUCGGACCCAUUUGCAGAAAUCGCUUUUCACCUCAUGGGCCCAUACUUUACAUUUGCCAAGGUUUACCAGAAAUUACGGUUUUCUGUAGCAUGGGCUCUUUGCAAUUUUCACAUGGGAAAACCACAUCAGACAUAUGGUUUCUUAUAUGAAAAUGCGGUGGUUAAAAGUAUGUUAUGAAGGCAAUCGCAUGUUUGCCCGUGGUGAUUAUCAGCCUUAGGUCAAAAUGUGGGGGGGGGAAAUGAAUCUGUACUCAUGCAACAAAACCAAGAUGAGUUAUCUGGACAGGCCAGUUUGAAAGAUUUAUUUUUAGUGUGCUCUUUUCAUUGUUACUUUCUGGUAGGGUCUUCUGUUUUUGCAGAUACUUCACUCUUUGUUUUUAUUUUGUUGCAACUAACCCUUUCCUGUCAAGGCAUUCUAUGGCACUUGAUAAGUUCUGUUUGGUAACAAAAUUAACCUGUUUGUAAAUGUUGCUUUGGUUGCUUUUGCUUUACAAGACACAUUUAUAUUCUUUUAAACAAAGUUUUGUUUGCGUCUUGAUGCACCAUGUUGGCUCUUGUGACUUUUGUACUGUGUGUGAACAAGCAUCCUUAUUUUGUAAAGCAGAGAGUUGGAUCAGGCUAUCGGAAAGCCAUUUUCUAUUUCCUUCAUUGCAAAGCUAAAUAUAUUGAAAAUAAGACAAAGAUGGAAGCUUCCUUUACAAAUCUAUAGGGCCAGACUUAAUUAAAAUGCCUUAUUCCUAAAACCUGCACACUUAAGGCUACAUGUGAAUUUUGACAUGUACAACAGAAACAAAGCAAAACCAAUCUGAAAAAGGUUAUUAAAGAAUUUUUAAAAGCAAAUAUAUUUCUAAGGGUAGAGUAAAAUAUAUCAUAAAAAUGUUGAAUCUUUAAUCAAACCACAGUGACAAAUAAAUAUAAUCCCCUCACAAUCUACUUCUAAGGGCAAUAACUUUAUUGAGCCUGGCCUUGGAUCUAAUUUUGUAAGAUGUAUCAUCACU